UGCAUGGGAUUGUGAAAAGAAUGCUUCAAACUGUCAUGUUGUAUUAUUGGACAGCACAGGUCACAACUUUCACUUUGAUUAGAGUCUUUGCCAUAACCCCCUGAACUCCACUAUUUCGCGCACUAGGUUUUACGCGUUUAACCUCUCUCUGCUUGUUAGUGCAAGUAUAUUCAACUUUAUUUGAUUAAUGACUUAAUUUGGCUGUGUUUGCUUGUCAUCACACACCGGCCAUCAGCACCAAUUUAUGUAUCAAUCCAAAACUUGAGGUUACCAGCUAUAGGAAUGUUCACCGCUCAGUAGACUCAUUGUUCGACAUUCGCAAGGACAAAUGAUUUAAAAGGGUGUGUCUUUCGAGCCUAGAUUGCCGAUAUAGGACUCGCGAUCUGCACCUCUCAUACCGGCGGCAACGCAAAGCAAAUUCUGUUUGCCGCAUCGAACCACUAAGUUUUAAAUUCAUGGAGCACGACCUGCAAAACUAACCGCACGAAACUCGCGGUGGACAUCGUUGUGGAUCGCGCUGUCAUGAACAGGAGGAGAAUUCGUCUUGUAUGUCAUUUAGGCAGUCCUAAUGAACGUACUUUUAGGAUGUCUAGCCUAGGCAGUGGAUGUCGUUGGCGCUCGGCUUGUUUGUGGCUUGCUUUACGGGAUUUGCAACGAUGCAAACUGCGAAAAAGGAAGGUGACAAAUAGACGAGCACAAAGUUUGAGAGUCUUAGAUCGUCACUAAUGAAAAGUGUUAGUUGAAUGAGGGCAGAAACAGAAAGUAAGAUUGUGACCAUUUCCAUCCACUGUGAAUCCAAGAUGCAGGACUGAAAUCAUUUCUUUUUUCGACCUUGAUAGGGAGAAAUCUGCUACGAUUAGGCGGAGUCCUGCUGACGAUUACCGCAGGUACUUAAAUAGCAACUAAAAGAAUAACAGACGGACUGCAUUCCUCUUAUACAUACAAGUAGAGCAC